CACCCGCAGAGUCUGGCUGCGGCCGGGAUCGGGCGCAGUGUCCGGUCCGAGUGCAAGUGUAGUUCUUGGAAAGACUCUUAGGCUUUCAGACGGAGUCGGGAGUGUCUGGAGGGAGUCGAGGUCCCGGGGGCCGCCUCCACAUCUCUGCAGGGGCCCCCGGCCGGGUUGCUGGGGACGCCGAGGUCCCCCCCCCCCCCCGCCAUGGCGGAUCCGUCGCUGCUGGGCGCCGAGACGGCGGCUUUCGAGGAACUGCUGCUGCAGGCCUCCAAAGAGCUCCAGCAAGCCCAGACAGGCCGACCAGAUUCCACACAGAUCCAGCCCCAGCCUGGUUUCUGCGUUAAGACCAACUCAUCAGAAGGGAAGGUUUUUAUCAACAUUUGCCACUCGCCCUCCAUCCCACCCCCGGCCGACCUGACCGAGGACGAGCUGCUUCAGAUGCUGGAGGAGGACCAAGCUGGCUUCCGCAUCCCCAUGAGCCUGGGGGAGCCUCACGCCGAACUGGAUGCCAAAGGCCAGGGCUGCACCGCCUACGACGUUGCUGUCAACAGCGACUUCUACCGCAGGAUGCAGAACAGUGAUUUCUUGCGGGAGCUGGUGAUCACCAUCGCCAGGGAAGGCCUUGAAGACAAAUACGGCCUGCAGCUGAAUCCAGAGUGGCGCCUGCUGAAGAACCGGCCGUUCCUGGGCUCCAUCUCGCAGCAGAACAUCCGCUCCCAGCGGCGCCCUCGGAUCCAGGAGCUGGGGAGCCUGUCGGCGCCCGACGGCCCGAGCGCGGAGCAAGGCCCCGAGACGCCUCGCCUGCACCUCUGGCUGGAAGCCCCCGACCUGCUCCUGGCGGAGGUCGAGCUCCCCAAGCUGGACGGAGCUCAGGGGCUGUCGCUGGAGAUCGGGGAGGACCGCCUGCUGCUGGGGGGACCCCAGCCACGGUACCGGCUCGACGCCCACCUCCCUCUGCGGAUCAACUGCCACCGGUGCAAGGCAGCCUUCCAUCGGAGGAGAAAGCAAUUACUGGUGUCUAUGCCCCUUCUGUCCGCACCCUCCUGACCCGGGGUCACCGCUGCUUCCAAGUAGGGAGCCGAGGCCAGAGCCCCUGCGAGUGGAAAUAAACAGAUUCUGUCUGCGCCCUGCA